AUGGGGGUGCUGCUGGUCGAUGGCGAGUUGAACGGCGCCGGGGACCAAGCCAAGUGGGACGACCCGGACAUCUCUAGGCUUUUGGUCAGCUUCGUCACGUACAACGAGAGGGCGCAGAUGUUCGGCCUGACGCAGGUCAACAUCGCCUUCUUCGAGUGGGGCUCCGUCUACAACAAGAUCAACUCGGAGGUGGUCUCCGUGCAGGGCUACCCGUCGUGGGGCGUCAUCGUCACCGAGACGCUCUUCGUGCUGGUGAUCAUGUGGAUGGCCUACGUGGAGGGCAAGGACAUGUGGCACGCCGCGAGGCUCGGCUGCGGCGAGUUCAAGGAUUACUGGCAGUUCUGGAACUGCGUGGACUGGAUCUGCAUCAUGCUCGGCAUCUCGCUGAUCACCAUGUGGACCGCGUGCUGGGCGGCGAUGCAGGCCGAAGGGAUGAGGGCGAUCCUGGACGAGGCGGUCACGGGGCCUCUCGGGGGCGAGGGCCUCGGGCUGGGCCUCGAGGGCUCUCGGAGGCUCCCGUGCAGCGACCUCCGUGCUGUACGGUCAUCUGCCACUCGUUGUGAGUGCCUGGUGCUCCGAACGGAGCUGCGAAGUAGAGGGUGCGAGCGCAAGAUGCCGUUUACCCCCAGGUUCACGAAUACGCUCAAAGACUCGUAG